AUGUUAUUGUCAACAUCGCUCAGUUUAUUCUUCUUGUUUUGGAGCGCUCUUUUCUUGAUUGAUUACUUUUUGAGAUCAUGGCAAGUAGAUCGGUAUCUCAGAUUGGUGGAGCAUUAUGGGCUGACAAUAUCACCGUUCCAGGUAGUUUUUUCUUUUUUGGUUUCACUUUUAGAGCAAAAACUCGACGUUUGGAGGCUUCAUUCGAUAUUACGAUGACCUCAUGUGUAAUAUAAUAAGAUGAUUGCAGCUCCGUUUCUACUGGACCCGCUGUGAUAAUCGAUGGCAUUUUGGGCCGUUUGUGGCAUUCCAAACAUGGGUAGCGACCUCCAAGCUGUCCAGACUUGUCGCAGUUUGGUUUACCUUGGGCACCUUGGUCGCGUUGGUUUUCUUCUUUGUAAUGCCGUUAUAUUUGGUAUGGCUCUUGUUCACGGAGGUCUUCAAUUGGUAUUCGAUCAUGCAAUGGCUGAAUAGUGGAUGGUUUUCGUGGUUGUUCAGUGUUCGAGUGAAUACGGACGGAUUUUACGAAAAUCUGGAGAUGGGAGCCCUACCACAAGAUCGAAUCUCAUAUGUGCCGUUUCAGAAUCAUGUCCAGAGUAAGAUAUAUGACUUGUCGGGGUUUUUAGGAGAUUUUUGAAAGAUUUUGGGAGUUGUGAACAAGUUUGACCACCUUAUUUUAGCUGGUAUUAUACCUGUAAUCCCUGGUGUCAACAUCCCAAUUCACCAUCUUCCAAUGUUCGUAUUCGUCCUGAUUAUUGCAGGAGUCCUUCAUGAGGUAAUUUACUGCUUUUUUGGAUUUGUAUGUGUUUUAUUUUUUGCGGUUUCACCUUUAUAUUUCUUUAGUUGGGCCACGCUUUAGCCGCACUGUGCGCGAACGUCCGCUUGAAUGGAUUCGGCUUUUUCUUGAUUGCGAUUUAUGCCGGCGCCUUUACAGAGCUUGACACGGAGGAAUUGAGUGAGUAUUAAAAAUAUUUUUGAGUUUUUUUUAUCAAAAAAUUAAUCUUGCCCUUUAUUGUUUCAGAUCGAGCUUCUCUAGCACAAAAGCUGAGAAUUUAUUGUGCUGGUGUGUGGCACAAUGUCGUCUUGGCCUUUAUCGGAGUUCUAGUUCUCUGGACGUUGCCUUACACACUGUUCCCACUGUUCACAACGGGCGCCGGUGUCAUCGUCAAGGGUAAGUUAAUUUUUUUUUGUUUUUUUUUGGAAUUUAGGUGCAAAGAUGGAUGAAAGAGGUUGUGAGCGUCUAAAACAAGUCUUUUGCAGAAGUGGACAAGAGCUCGGGACUCUACGGCGGCAGUGGUUUCAUCCCCGGCCACCUUGUUUUAUCCGUCAAUGGAUGCAAAACCCGCGAUGCCUCGGAAUGGCUAAAAUGCCUAGAAAGUCUUAGAUUGUAUGGCCAAAACUCUGGAUACAUCAUGGAGGCAGCAGUCGUUGAUCCGUGGAGAGCACAGCCAGAAUUUGUAAAACAAUAUGGGGAUGAGAUACAGUGCUGUGAAGGCUUCUCGAAUCAGACAUUUUCUUCUCACAUUUGCUUCAAUUACUACAAAGAGGAGGUGAAAACGGAUGAAGGAGUGAAAAUUGAAAAUAAACCACCUGUGACGCCAGUUUUGAAGUUUAGAGAAUCGUUGGGAUUGGGAAGAAAUAUCAGUCGAAUUGAUGUGAGUUACAGGAAUUUUGAAUGUUAAAAAUUUUUGUUUAGUACGAUUAAGGCUUCUAGAUUGUCAGUCAGUAUUUUUUAGAGCAAAAAAUAACGAUUUUUUAUCUGAAAUUUUGAGUUUUAGCAUUUUUUGGAUUUGAAAUUUUCUUCUGUAAAGAUUAAUAUUUUUUUCAGCGGAUAGACAUUCAAAAACGCGUUGAAAGAUCGCUGGACUUGGCUCCCACAAAAUUCGACAAAGAAAAAGCAACCUUUGCAUGCCUUUCGGCUCGCACAGUAACAGGAAAACCGAUGUGUGUUCGAGGAGUGGUAAGUUAAUAAAAAAUUUUUAAAAUUUUUUGAAAUUUAGAGUCGAUUGUCGCCGGAUUUGGUCUGUGUGACUCCCUCUCUCUUCAAUGGAACUCAGCUCCUCAGAUUCAACGUUCAAAGCGCAAGCGAUGUUGUUUUAUUUGUGGGGCCGGUCACUGAGGUAAGAAGAGUGAAAAUUUGGUCAAAAUUUACUUUUUUUGGAUCUUAAAAUGUAUGAAAUUGUAAUUUUUGUAGCCUUUGUACCUCGUCACGAUCUCCGAAUUGGUCCCCAGAUUCCGCUGGAUCCCCCUGUGGCUGCCCGACCUUGUAGAACUGUUCGGUCAGUAUUUGGUGACCUUCUCCUUGGCCCUGGGCGUCCUAAAUGCGGUCCCGUGCUAUGGUCUGGAUGGACAGUUCAUUUGUUACACUGUGAUCGAUUAUUUCUUUGCGUCAAAACCGUUGCAGUAAGUUUUGGCAGUGAAUUCGGAGGAGACUUUGCGCUGCACAGUGCGGAGAGAAUUUUGGAGCGAAUGCACUGUGCAAUGAAAAUGAAGACCAUGCGCACUGUGCAAAACGGAAAAUCCGCACGGUGCAGUGUCGCGCAAAAGUUUGUCGCAACUUUUUGAUUCAUGCACGGUGCAAUUCUUUGUCGCUGAAAUCUGCACGGUGCAGAAUGAAUUUUUUUUUCAAUUUUUUUGGCGACUUUUGUUUUGCACUGUGCAUUUUGAAAAGGAGUUCUUUCCGCACUGUGCAGUGAAAAUGAAGACCACUUGCACUGUGCAAAACGGGAAGUUCGCACGGUGCGAUGUCGCGCAAAAGUUUGUCGCAACUUUUUGAUUCAUGCACGGUGCAAUUCUUUGUCGCUGAAGGCUGCACGGUGCAGAAUGAAAAGUUGUUUCAUUUUUUCGGCGACUUUUGUUUUGCACUGUGCAGUUUGAGAAGAAGUUCUUUCUGCACUGUGCAGUUCAAAAAAAUAAAAAUUGCACUGUGCAAAGAGAUAAAAUUGUGCAUUGCACUGUGCGGUUUCGGGAAUAAAAAAAAAAUAAAAAAAGAAGUAUUUUAAUGAUAAUUCUACAAUUUUCAGACAACGUAACCGAAUCGCGGGCCUGAUUGUGCUGGCCGGAAGCUCCAUUUUCUUGUUGAAUUUGAUAAUCGGGUUUGUGAAAUUAUUCCUCUUCUAUUUACGGUGA